AUUUUUUGUAAUGGCCGCUAACAACUGGUAUAAAACUAAAUCGUGAAAAGAAGUUGCCGUAAUUAAACAGAAUUGCAAACAAUUUCAAUCCAUUAUUAUUGGACCAUCUGAACAAAUAGUGGUAUAUCGUCCUUGUAAUUGUGAAUCCAUUACAGGCAGCAUAGUUUUUAGUGUAGAAAUUAGAGUUUUCUUUGCGUAGGACGUUUUUUUUGUGCAAAUUUUAAUUUGUAUUGUGGUGAAUUUGUCGUUGAUCUCGUUUGCCUUCCUGUGUAAAAGGGUAAAACGAUAUUUUUUACUGAAAUUGAAUGUUUCAUUCGAAAACACAAAUCGAUGAUGAUGACUGUGCUGGUGAAUUGAAUAAAAUUUCUUUCUUUCUUCGGUGGUGUGCUCUGUGACAGAAAGUUGUUUGUGUGAAUAUUAAUGUGGGGCGCACUUUCACGCCUCUUUGUGAAAAACGAGAAUCCCUCACUAUCCGUUCAGGGUGAAAUUAACGAAACAAUGGAUAAACAAGCAUCACAUCAAGAUAUGGAUACAAUGGAGUCAAAACAGGCACGACAGCGAGCUUCAGUCAAAUGGAUCUUAUCGAAAGCAUUCAACAAUCGUGUGCCCGAUAAUCUUAAAGAACCAUUUUAUCGUGAUCACGAAGGCCAGGAACAUUUGAAACCGCAAAUUGUUGUCGGCUUAGGAAAUGCAUCGCUCUACUGCCAAACACUAUCGAAUCUGUAUUCGGAUCCAAAUUACCAAAGUCUUAAUCACUGGUCAAUAUUGCAAACACUUACGAGGAAAGGUGUUCCGCUUGGCGAAGCAACCGAGCAGCCGCUGACUGAGACGGUGUUAAUUCAAACGAAUCCAUUAAGAAUUAAUGCCCAUAUGUCUGUGAUAGAAGCGCUUAUGAUUUUAUACGCGAAAGAAGUGGCUGCCAGCGAACGUGUGUCUUCAGCAAUUGGACGAAUAUCGGGCGGUGCAUUACCGAAAGACAGUCAGCAUCAUGAGUCAUCGUUGCUCUAUUGGGUUUCGCAUGCAUGUGCCGCAUUAAAAAAGCGUAUUGACCAGGAAAUCGAAUCUGGAGCGACGGAUGAAAAUGGUGUACGUCUUCAAUCGCCGGAUGUUCCACCUGUGCGUGAUUAUCGUGAUUUGUGCGAUGGUGUUUGUCUAGCAUUCUUAAUUGCAUAUUAUUGCCCCAAAGUUGUUCCUUGGACUACAGUUAGAGUUAAUUAUUUGCCAACCGUGGAGGAUUCCAUUUACAAUGUACUACUAGUUAGUAAUUUUUCUCAAAAACAUUUGCCAUAUUCAGUGUUUCAUAUGACCCCGCAAGACAUCACAUACAUGAGAGGGUCUAUGAAGCAAAAUCUCGUAGUGCUGUUAGCAGAUUUUUUUAAUUUAUUCGAAAUUCAUCCAACAAAGUGUGUUUGUUAUCCCGGGAUGGACCAAUCGACAGAUUCAGACAAAAAUAAUGGCACAAAUGAGCACGGCAUAGCACAUCGAAGGGGUCUGACCUGUCAACCGGUCACACCGAUACCAGAUCUAAGAAGUGGUUUAGAUUCGCCGACACAAUUGCCAUCAACUAAACCACCAUUUCAAGUAACACGAUCAACAUCUGCUACGACAAUGCGUAAACCAACGCCACCACGUGAAGUGCCAGAACAGUGUGGACAGGAAGAAGGCUUUGUUGUGCACCGCGGUCGUACUAUACCGACAUUAGCCUCGAUGCAGGAGCCACUUGUACCAGCUCGACUUAGACAAGCCAAAGAGAAGAGUAAUCAUGAUUCGAAGAACGAUGAACGAGGUGAUAAUAUGGCAGCAGGCCGUCCAAGUAAUUGGGAAGAUGCUCGUCGUACCAGUUAUGCAGGUCGCCGAUCCAGAAGAAACUCAUUAAGUGAAGACUCUCAAUUGACCAUCGAAAAUUUUGGCGGUUCUCAAGAUCAACUGAAUAUGAUUGGACGACCGGUUGAAAGGGAACGAAAAUUCUCCAACUCCACGGUGAACAAUCACACCGAACCGGCUGUAGCUGUUCGAUCAUCAAUUGCUGACGCACGCGGCACAUUGCAAAUCGGUUACGAUAAUGAUUCGGAGCCGGAAAAGCAAGAUCGUGAAACGGAAAAAACGGGAACAAUGAGACGUCAUCCAAGCAUGGACAACGUAACACAACGCAACGUAACACAUUCCAAAGAAAAAGACACAACAGAUGGUGAUGUUACACAAUUCAAUCGUCAGCAAAUACAGUCCGUUGAGGAUGACACUUCGAAGCGGAAAAAAUCGUUCGUGAACAUACCACCCGCAAAUCCGAAAACAACUACAUGGCAACAGCAAUCAAUGAAUUUCCAACAAAUUGACAAUGAUGUCGACGAAGAUCGUUCCCAGAUUGAUGACUCGAAAUUGUCAGCUAUUCGUAUGAAAUUGGAGGAGCAUCGUCGACACAUUUUACAAGAAAAGAGAAAAAUGGAAUUCGCUUUGAGUCGCCAGCAACAAAAGGUUGGAAAAGCGGCAUUUUUUCAAGCUAUUAACAAGCAAAUCGAUGAAAGAGUUAUGGAUAAUGAAUCGGGCAAAGCACACAAUCAAACUGAUAAUGAGAAUAAGGAUUGUAGCUCCUCUACCUCGUCCAAUGAUGUUGAAAAAUCCGAUAAACCUUGUAGUUUACAGGAUUUGCCAGAUAUUACCGACACAAGAUGGGAGCAACAUUCUGAUUCGAAGAAGACUCCAGAUCUAGAUCCAUCAGAAAUCGAUCAAUAUCAGCAAAGCAUUGCCAUAAUGAACUCAAAUUUGAAAGACAUCCAGCAAGAUAUCCAUCGAUUAACAAAUCAACAAAGCCAAAUGCAAGCUCAGGCAAUACAAGCUCAACAGCUGUUACAAGCCCAACAAAUCGCCAACAUGAUACAGUAUCAUGGUUCCUCACAAAACAUUCCCCAACAAUACCGAAAUAUGCCGCCUUCGAAUUUCGGUUCGACUCCACAUCUAAGCCAGCCAUACAACCAGCAACCGAUGAUCAUGCGACCGCCCAGCCGAGAUCCUCAACAUCAGUACAUCAACGAUCAAGGUCAAUACAUCACGAACUCACGCGAAUGUUCCCCGUUCAUGAAUGACAAUGGCCAAUACUACGGCAACCAAUAUGUCAAUGCGUAUCCCGAAGUCAAUCAGUAUCAAACGUAUCGCGUCGAACAGCCACAAUAUCGGGAAUACGAAUCACCUCCGCCUGCGCAGCCAUCACAAAACCAAUUCUACCUACAUGACAAUCCGCCACAACCGCCUCCACGUCGAACAUGGGCUCAGGCACCGACAAACAACCAACAAAUACCAUUGGAUGUCAAUGCCUGGCAACAGAAUUCGCCGAAAAUUGAUACAAGAACGUGGAAGUCACCGAGUCAGCCAUCGAGUCAAGGUUUCAUGUUGCAUCAAAAUGGCAAUGACUACGACAGAAACGAACAGUCGUACGAAAGUCCGCAACAUUCUCGCGUACAUCGACAAAUUUCGCAAAUCAUUAGCGGCGAUCCGAAAUCUCACAUCGACAGCAAUCGGCAGCCAAUCAGUCCGCCCAUAGAUGAUAUGGCUCCUCAAAGUAUUUCAUUUAUCGGCGAUGAUGACUCUGUCGAUCCGAUUGGGAAUGGUCAGUCGAAGCCUCCAUCAAUGUUUCAACGUCCGAAUAUCACAUCAGUCGAACAGGAACAGGACUUGGAUUUGGGUCGGUUGAACAUCACCAGUGGUAAAUUGACUUAUAGAAUACCGUCACCGACACGGCCAUCGUUAAAUAUGAAUAGUUUUCAAGAUCCGAACGAAGAAGCGGUUAACGAACAAAAGGGCUUCUAUAUCGCCUUCGAUAAUGUUCAACCGAAAAGGCCAAAACCUCCGUUGCGAACGAAACGUUCGCCGAAGAAAGAACGUAGCAUUGAUAGUGAUAAGCAGGAUCAAAGUGAGCAACUGGGUCGUGAACUGAAUCAAGAGCGACGAAAUCAAGAUGCUAAACGCAAUUCAUCUUUCUCUGCCUUCGAUAACGACUCAACGAUCAAUAAUCAUCGAUAUGCCGACGAGUCCAUCAGUAAUAAUACCUACAAGAAACCCGAACCGGUUGCACGACGUCAACAUGUCAGCGACAACCAAGUAUCGGCAAUUUUGGACCGUCGACAUUUGGAAGAUGUCACAAAUCACCGGCAAUCGUUCGGUGGCAACACCGAAUCGAAAGCAUUGAUAAUCGACGAUGAGCUGAAGAAUUUGGACCCGGAGUCAGUUGACGAAAUGGAGCGCAAGAAAGAGAAAAUCAUGCUACUCUCCCUACAGCGACGACAGCAACAAGAAGAAGCUAAAGCGCGAAAAGAAAUCGAUGCGAUGCAACGUCGUGAAAAAGAACGUGAAAAGGAGGACGAACGUGCCAGAAAACGCGAAGAGCAGGCGGCUCGACGAGCACUGAUCUUGGAACAACAUAAAUAUAAGAAAGCCGUCGAAGAAGCGGAGCAGAAGGGCAUCACGAUCGAUCGAAAUGAUUUUGCGUUGAUCAAACAGCAAAUGUCAUCUCCAGCAGCGCCACCGAAAAUGAGGCAACAGAAAGCGGUUUCGCGACCGAGACCGAAGACGAUAUGCGUGGAAAGGGGAUCGAUCGAUCAAAGCGAAGCAUCGAGUUUAUCUAGUCGGGACAAGAAGGGCUCUAAUACGAAUUUAACAGGCUUAGGAAGACAGUUAAGCUCGAAUUCGAUCAGACGCGAUUACUAUAGAGGUUCAACCGAUUCGUUGGCGAUACGAGAAUCACCCGAUGAAUAUCCGAGCACAAGUUCAACGCCUAUUGGUCGAAGGGGUUCCUAUAAAGCGUCAAGAGAACCAACUGUCGAACGAGGUCGUACAUUAUCACGUAUAUCCGUAGCGAAGGGCAGCAACUUGAAUUUUAGGGGCAGAAAAUCGAACUCUCUUAUGAAUCUAUGCGACACAGAUUCAGGUUUAGGUCGAGCAACGCCACCACGUCGUGCUCCAUCGCCCGGAAUGGGUCCAUCCAGUCGCCAUUUACCGUCUCCAUCGGGUCCUGGUUCAUUACCGCCCGGCUUUAUGAACAAACGGCGAAUAUUCGAUGAUGGAUCUAGUGAUAUAUCAGCAGCUAGUUCAAUGAUGGAAUAUUCGGGUCCCAAACUCUACAAGCAACCGGCUACGAAAUCCAAUCGUGGCAUCAUAUUGAAUGCUGUCGAAUUUUGCGUUUUUCCGGGAAUCGUCAAUCGUGAAGCCAAACAAAAGGUCCUGGAAAAGAUCGAAAAAAGCGAAGCAAAACAUUUUCUCGUAUUGUUCCGCGAUGCUGGCUGUCAAUUCCGUGCACUGUACAGCUACUGGCCGGAAAAUGAGACCGUCAUUAAGCUACAUGGAACCGGCCCAACACAAGUGGACGAGUAUAUGUUCGAUAAGUUUUUUAAAUACAACUCCGGCGGCAAAUGCUUUUCACAAAUCCAUACGAAACAUCUAACAGUGACGAUCGACGCAUUCACAAUACACAAUUCACUGUGGCAGGGUAAAAAAGUCAAUAUGCCCAGUAAAAAGGACAUGGCGCUUGUUAUUUAAAGUAUUACACAAAGUAGCCGAAAAAACAGUCUCAGAAUUUACGAACUAAGCUUCCAACGGCAAAUGAAAACGAGAAACAGGCGAGAGAAAACUUUUUUCUUUCUUUCUUUUUUUGUGUUAGCCGGUUUUAUCAAUUCCCCCAUGUAAUCAGUUUGUGGAGUGUGUCACUAGCAUAAUAUAUUUUUCGUUUUCUUUUUGCCUCGAUUCCCUUUCGAUAGACUUAAUGGAAUUGAUUGACAUUUUAUAUUUAUAUAUUUUGAUAAAAAACAAACAUUAAUGAUCUAAUCGAGUCCGUUUAAUUUUCACCAUUAGCAAAAAUGGGUGUAAAAUAAUUAAAAUAAAUUUGGAAAAGAACAGAAAAAUCGUAUUCUUGGCUCCAACAAUUUUGAAAUGUGAAUAAACAAAAUUUAAUUUAAAGACAAAAAAAGGACGGAAUUUAUCGAUAACCUUUUAUAAACGGCUACUCAUCGGUUAUUGACAACAACGACAACAAUGAAUGAUGAUCUCUAGCUAAGGUGAACCGACAGAUUCAACAUUUAUGUGUCGAUCCGCCUGCCUGCCGUUUAUAAAAGGUUAACAGAGAAUAAAUUACUGAUAAAUCAUCCAAACCUAUCCACUCAAAAAUGUGAUCAAAAUGAAUUAUUUUAGAAAUGAAAUGAAGAAACAAAGUGUAACUUUUCGGAAUGAAGUCCAACACCAUUUUACGUAAGUUCGAUGAAUCUUUCUUUUAAAAUGACAAUUAUAUGACAACAACAUUUAAAAAUGACUUCUUCUGCUAAUUUUCCUCGAAUGUCGUGUUGUCUGGAAACUGAAACACUUCAGAACUGUAGUCAAAACUUAAACCUAUUAAGAUUUAUGCACAGGUGUAAAAAGCACUCGAUCUUUUCAAAAUCCCUUUAAUCAUAUACACUGUUAGCAACGAAGAAUGUAAUAGACCAAAACAGUAAAAUAAUUUUGAAAAAUGUGGAGCGCUAUGUCUCAGCUAGACGAAGAAUGUAUACGUACGGUGCAAUGCAAUUUAUUUCUUACACUUUUACUCAAAACACCCACGCAUACAACAACAGUUUAAUACCGUGUCGACACUUGUGUAUCGUUUGCAACGACAUUUUCUCUUCAGCGGCUGAAGUUCAGCUGCAUUUUAGACUUUGCCGAGUUAGUGCCACGUUUAGUUCAUGUUUGGUAUACAAUUGUACCUACUUUUUGAAACUGUGAGCACCUCACAUUCUGCUUCAAAAUAAGCCUUUUCAACUAAAAGAACAACUGCCGUAAUUGCAACAUUUCUAGAAUGUACCAAGGUUCUUCAGAUUCGAGAGCUUCUUGAACUUGAAAUUCAGAAAUUCAUAUAGACAACUUCAUGAAGUUCUGAGAAAGAAUUCCAUUUCCACCGAAAGGUAGACUCCGGCUCUCCCAUUGAAUCGUAUUGUGAUUGACUUUCGGAAUUCUUGUAAAUUGGUGUUGGGAGGAAAUUUUUUUUUCUUAUUACAUCAACUUCCCUGAGUCACAAAACGAACUAAUUAACUAGAAAGUCCAAUUAAUGGGCCACAAUUCGUAGAUUGUAAUUGUGUUUCCAUUAAUUGAUAAUCUUUUAGAAACGGUUAAUCAUCUGCUAUUGACAACGACGGCAUAAAUGAGCGAUGAGCUCUGGCUAGUCUUUUAUUUCAUAGCAGACUUAAUGUUGAAACUUUGAUUUUGUGUGAAACUUUAAGCAGAUGAAGUUGGAAAGAUUAAAAUUGCGUGCCGUUUCUAAAAGGUUUCCAUAUAAAAGGAAAAUAUAUUUUUAAUUAAUUUUUAGCAAAGAAUUAAAACAACAGUCAUAAUGUAUAGAGAAUUAAUUUAAAUUAAUCUUAAAAAGGUUUAAAAAACUAAACAAAAAAUAAGAAGAAGAGAAACGCUAAAAAACAAUUAAUUAUUAAUAUUUGUUAACUCUCCUAUUGAAAUAAUAAAAAAAUUGAAAUGAAAAAAAAAUAUUUUAAUAAUCAAAGGGCUUGUUAGGUGAAACCAAAUUAAUAAUUAAAAACAAAAAAAAAACAGAAGAAAAAACCUUAAAAAUAUUUAUUUAAUAAAAAAAAUCGACGACUAAAACAACAGAAGAAGAUCAAAAUCUACUUUUAAUACCCCUCCCCCCUCUAAUUAUUUUUUUUAUUAAUUAAUUGUAAGUGUAAUUACGUUUUUUUGUAUAACUUUUGUUUUUAAAUGUUAAAAAAAGGAUAUUGCAUCAAUUGCAUCAAGAUAUGCAUUGGUUCCGGAGAAAUUCUGUGAAAAAUAAAAAUUAAUAAAUUAUGAAAAAA